AUGGACAAAUGAAAGAACGAACAACUAUAUUACACGCUAUACCAGCCUUAAUUCAGAGAUUUCUUUAUUAACGUGACAGUAAAAUCCAAAAUCUACACCAUGACCCUAACAAAUCUUUUUUUAAGUAACUUGAAAAUCAAUCAAUUCGCAAAGCGGUUAUCAUUCAACAUCUUCAAGCAUGGUCAGUCCACGCCGAUGUCAACACAUAAUAAAUACGCGGAUCACAGACAACUCGAAAAGAUCCGAAAUAUUGGAAUCUCCGCACAUAUCGACUCCGGUAAAACUACCUUGACAGAACGCAUCCUUUACUACACAGGGCGAAUCGAGAAGAUGCAUGAGGUAAAAGGCAAGGACAAUGUCGGAGCAACUAUGGAUAGCAUGGAACUGGAACGACAACGUGGUAUAACAAUACAGUCUGCAGCAACUUACACCCUAUGGAAAGACUACAACAUCAACAUCAUUGACACACCGGGUCACGUGGAUUUUACCGUUGAGGUCGAAAGAGCUCUCAGAGUUCUGGAUGGAGCUGUUCUUGUUUUAUGUGCCGUUGGUGGAGUACAAUCGCAGACUCUUACGGUGAACCGUCAAAUGAAGAGGUACAACGUGCCCUGUUUGGCUUUUAUCAAUAAACUCGAUAGAACUGGAGCUAAUCCAAAGAGAGUGUUAUCUCAGAUGCGUGCAAAGCUCAACCACAACGCAGCAUUCAUUCAGUUACCUAUCGGCCUUGAAAAUGAGACAAAAGGACUCAUCGAUCUUGUUACUAGAAAGGCACUGUACUUUGAAGGGAAUUAUGGGGAAAUUGUUCGAAUCGAUGAAAUACCACAGGAAAUGAAAGCAGAGGCUGAUGCAAGCCGACAAGAGCUCAUAGAACACCUAAGUAAUGUGGACGAUACGAUUGGCGAGCUAUUCCUGGCAGAAUCUACAGUAUCAGAUGAAGAUUUGGCCAGUGCUAUUCGACGGUCGUGUCUGAAGCGAACAUUCACCCCAGUUUUAGUGGGAACAGCAUUGAAGAACAGGGGCGUGCAGCCGCUUCUUGAUGCGGUUCUGGAUUACUUACCAAAUCCUGGUGAGGUGGAGAACGUCGCUUUGAGAGAAAUCCCUGGGGCCGAGGUGGAGCGUGUAGCCUUAAAUCCUGCACGGGACGGCAAACAUCCAUUUGUCGGAUUAGCGUUUAAGCUGGAGGCUGGGAAGUUCGGGCAACUCACAUACUUUCGCUGUUACCAAGGGAAAUUGACAAAGGCAGAUAACAUAUUCAAUGUCAGGACAGGCAGAAAGGUACGAGUUUCAAGAUUGGUCCGACUCCAUUCCAACCAGAUGGAAGAUGUAACUGAGGUGUACGCCGGCGAUAUUUUUGCUCUCUUUGGUGUAGAUUGUGCAUCGGGAGAUACCUAUGUCGCCGAUACUAAGCUGCAGUUGUCGUUGGAAUCAAUAUUUGUUCCUGAUCCUGUCGUAUCAAUGUCCAUUCAACCCGUCAACUCCAAAGAUAGGGAUAAUUUCUCAAAGGCUGUUGCUAGGUUUACAAAGGAGGAUCCGACCUUCCACUUCCACUACGACACGGAUAACAAGGAAACGAUCGUUUCUGGCAUGGGGGAGUUGCACUUGGAAAUAUAUGCCCAGCGCAUGGAACGCGAGUACUCCUGUCCCGUAAUUCUCGGAAAGCCAAAGGUAGCUUUCAGAGAGACAUUAAUAAGUCCAUGCGAGUUUGAUUACCUGCAUAAAAAACAGUCUGGUGGAGCUGGACAGUUUGCUAGGGUAAUCGGUGUCAUGGAGCCACUUCCUGCGCACCAGAAUACCUCUUUGGAAUUUUGCGACGAAACCGUGGGUACAAAUGUACCGAGACAGUUCGUUCCCGGCGUAGAAAGAGGUUUCAAGAUAAUGGCGGAAAAAGGACUUCUCUCCGGUCACAAAUUAGCAGGAAUCAAAUUCAGACUAAUAGACGGAGCUCAUCACAUUGUCGACUCGUCGGAGCUCGCCUUUAUGUUCGCGGGUCAAGGCGCUGUCAAAGAAGUUUUCGAGCAUGGUGCGUGGCAGAUACUGGAGCCCAUCAUGAUGGUAGAAAUUACUGCACCCGAGGAAUUCCAGGGUAUUCUGAUGAGUCAAAUUAAUAAGAGACACGGUAUCAUUACGGGCACUGACGGGAACGAAGGAUGGUUCACUCUCUACGCGGAAGUUCCGUUGAACGAGAUGUUCGGAUACGUGGGAGAGUUACGUUCUUGUACUCAGGGAAAGGGCGAGUAUACCAUGGAAUAUUCAAGAUACAGCCCUUGCCUACCCGAAGUCCAGGAGGCACUCGUGAGAGCGUACGAAGAAAGUUUAGGAACAAAUCAGCAGCAAAAGUCUAAGAAGAAUUAAUGAUUGUCAAACUUCGUAAUUAGCAGUGUUUGCAUUAUGUCUUAAGGGGAUGAAUGGAGAUUAGUGAAUGAUCGUUUGGGACGCUCGCUGAGAACAUUUCUAACUCAUCCGAUGGUUAUUUUGUUCUUAAUCCGAAGAAAAUGUUUUCCAACGAGAUGAGGAAAUGGAGCAUUAAUGUGUGAAUACUUCAACGAGCGACAAACGUUGAACUUUAAAUAAAUAACCCUGUACAUACAUAUUCGAUAAUUGAAAAAUAAUAAAUUAAUACAAUUUAAAA